ACCAUGGAAGAAGCAGCUCUGAGUGAGGAAGAAACCAUGGAAGAAGCAGCUCUGAGCAAGGAAGAAACUGUGGAAGAAGCAACUCUGAGCGAGGAAGAAACCAUGGAAGAAGCAGCUCUGAGCGAGGAAGAGGAACUAGACAGCCGCUUGCGGGGACUGCCACAUGACACUUGCCUCCAGCCAGUAGAUAUAGGACAGGAUUUUCUUGACCACCACGAUGAACGCGUCAUGUGUGUGGCUCCAGGAGAGGGGAGCAAACCAAUUUCUGUGUUCCAGGAGGUUGGGGGAGAGGCAAUGUCCUUCCCUGUUCAAUUCCCUACUGGAAAGUUUUCUUUUAAUGUUGAUCGUGAUGUACGUAUUACGCCCAGCAAGUACUUCAAGGCACGCCUUAUGGGUGCAGAUACGCGGUUUGCAAGCGACACUAACUACAUAUUCUUUGCACAAUACGUAACAGAGUUGCGCUUCAUACAGUCGAAUAUUUCCAUAUCUAUGCGCAAAGGUUCGCCGACGACAAGUGGCGGCCGUAAAAUAUCUGCUGGUAUGUUGUCAAGCAAAGAGGACUUACAGGCUAUACUUAAGUCAGAUGAAGGCUAUCGCUUCCUUCAGCCAGUCAGGGGUACUCCGCAGUUCUGGGACAAGGCGCUAAAUGAAUUGUAUGCAAUGAUAAGACAGCUGGGAAUUCCCACGUGGUUUGCUACGUUUUCUGCUGCAGAUUUGCGCUGGCCAGAAGUGUUAGAGGCGAUUCGACAAGAUCAUGGCACAGUACCAGUAAGCGACUUGUCGUGGGAAGAGCGUUGUGACAUUUUGAAGAGUAAUCCUGUCACAGCCGCUCGCAUGUUUGAUCGCAGAGUCAAGCUGUUUUUCAAACACCUCAUUAAAUCUCCAUCGCAGCCAAUCGGCGAGGUCAUAGACACGUUCACGAGGACUGAAUUCCAGCAAAGGGGCUCACCCCAUAUCCAUUGUUUGUUUUGGGUGAAAGAUGCACCAAAAUUGGGUGUAAAUUCUGAAGAAGAGAUCUGCUCUUUUGUGGACAGAUAUGUGUGCUGUCAGCUGCCAAACUCAGAAACAGAUAAGGAGUUAUUUGACAUAGUUAGCCAGGUUCAAAUGCACCGAAAGGGUCAUACAUCGUCAUGCAAGAAAGGUGGCAAGAUCUGUAGGUUUGGAUUCCCUAAGCCUCCAGUGAAUCAGACAUUUCUGUGCAGCCCUGUCUCCCUACAGGACCUGACCGAUGAAGAAUCAGCAUCCAUUGCUGGAAGGAAGAAGCAAGCCGAAUCUGACCUGAAAAAAUUCUGGGAUGUGUUGGACAAGAAAACAGAGCCAGAGAAGUGCUCCACUGAGGACGUUCUCAAGAAGGCCAAUCUCACCACUGCACAGCAGUAAGAACAUUGUGCUCAUGACACACAGCAGAAGAGAAGCAGAGCUUGGCCUUUGACUGUAUGUGGAAGAAGCAGACUGACUUGAUUCCAACCAGCCAGAAAAGGACACGUAGAUAUUGAUCGCAACCGAUUCUGAAAAGAUGUAUAUAUUUUGACGGAAUUGUAAUUUUCUGCGAAUAAGAUCUAGCAUGUAGUUUGCUAUUUUUCCAGAUUAACUUUUAACAAUGUAAAAACUUAAGCUCAAAUUACAUUGUAUUUACAUUAAGUCAAUCAGAUUGUGAGAGCAGACAAGUGUAAAAUUGCAAUUUUGUGAAAGUAAAACUGUAAAAAUUGAAA